UCACUCUUCAAUCUUGAUCGAGACAUCAUCAACUUAAACUAAUCAAUCAACCAUCAACCAUCAACCAUCAAUCAUCAAAUAUCAAUCUCAAGAUGAUGGCUGAACCUCAACAUAUGAACGUACCACCUUUCGAUCCAAGUCUCAUUCAUCAUUCUGGUUUAGCUAAUUUACAUCCUUUAGCAAUUCUCAUUGAUGAACUCAAAUCUGAUGAUGUAGCUUCUAGGCUUACAUCUAUUCAUCGAUUAACUACUAUUGCUUUAGCUCUUGGACCUCAACGAACACGUGAAGAAUUAUUACCUUUUAUUCAUGAAGGUCUAGAUGAUGAAGAUGAAGUAUUGCUUGCUGUGGCUGGAGAGCUGAAUGCAGCCUUUGUUGAAUACCUUGGUGGACCUGACUAUGCUCAUCUCUUGUUAGUGCCCUUGGAGAACCUGGCAUCAGUCGAAGAAACCUUGGUUCGGGAUAAGGCUGCCGAAUCUGCCACACAAGUUGCCGGUGUACUUUCUCCAGCGCAGAUCGAAGAAUUUUAUGUACCCGCUAUGAAAAGGCUAAGUGUAGCCGAAUGGUUCACCAGUCGAUCAACUGCUACAGCUCUCUAUGCACCUGCUUACCAGAAAGCCACAGACACUACCAAAGAUGAGAUGCGCCGGAUGUAUGCUGCUCUUUGUACUGAUGAAACACCUAUGGUCAGGCGAGCGGCUGCCAAAGAGCUUGGGCCCUUUGCCAAGGUUCUACCACAGAACUACCUAGUCUCAGAUGCAAUUCCUGUCUUUCGAAAACUAGCAGCGGACGAUCAAGAUUCGGUCCGACUGUUGACAGUGGAUGCCUUGAUCGCAAUAGCAUGCUCAUUACCGGACAAGGCGAUUUGUAAACAACAGCUCGGUCCUACUAUGAAAGCUAUGGUUAGCGACAAGAGUUGGAGAGUACGUUAUAUGAUUGCGGAUCAUUUCGUCCAACUCGCGGAAGGAGCUGGUGAGGAUGUCAUCCGGGAGGAACUCGUUGGUGCCUUUGUACACCUCUUGAAAGAUAAUGAGGCAGAGGUACGCACUGCAGCUGCGGGACAGAUACCAGGAUUUUGUAAACUCAUUGACCGAGAGGUGAUUCUAUCGCGGAUCUUGAUUUGUGUCCGAGAGCUUGCAUCAGAUACAUCACAAUAUGUCCGUGCUGCCUUGGCAAAUCAAGUAGCUGGACUUGCCCCACUUUUGGGCAAGGAGGCUACAACUGAACAACUUCUCCCACUCUUUCUUCAAUUGUUAAAAGAUGAUUUUGCCGAUGUUAGACUUAACAUUAUCUCGAAAAUUGAGCAGGUCAAUGAUGUGAUCGGAAUUGAACUUCUCUCUCAAGCUCUUUUGCCUGCAAUCAUGGAACUAUCUGAAGACAAACAGUGGAGAGUCCGACAGGCGAUCAUUGAAUACAUUCCAUUAUUGGCUACUCAACUAGGAGUGUCAUUUUUCGAUGAACAAUUGGCAGACUUAUGUAUGAGCUGGCUAAAUGAUGCAGUCUAUAGCAUCCGAGAAUCAGCAACCAUCAAUUUGAAGAAACUGACAGAAGUGUUCGGUGUCGAAUGGGCCAAGACGGCUAUCCUUCCAAAGGUCUUGGCUAUGGCCAGCGAUUCAAAUUAUUUACAUCGAAUGACUACUAUCUUUGCUAUUCGGACUAUGGCACCAGCAUUAGAUGUAGAAGUGAUCAAAGGACCGAUCCUAGAUACAGUGAUUGGAUUAGUAUCAGAUCCGAUUCCCAACAUUCGAUUCAAUGUAGCCAAAGCAUUUCAAACGCUUGCUACAACGAUUGCAGGACAACCAGGUGGUAAAGAAGUAGCAGGAGAACGAAUCUUACCUAGUUUAGCUAAAUUAAGAGACGAUAGUGAUGCAGAUGUUAGAUUCUUUGCAGAAGAAGCUAUGAGUGAAACUGCGGCGGUUGCAUCGGGUGAACAAGCUGGAGCUAGAGAUACGUUGAUGAAAUCAUGAAUUACAGUUUGAUUUGAUUAUUUUUGUUUUGUUGAUUUGGAAGAAAAAAAAGUAGAGGUGAUGGUGGUUUUGAGGAUUUCUUAAUGUUUUCUUUUUUUCUUUGUAAUGUGAUGAAGUGUGUGUGCGUGUGUGUGUUUUUUUUUCAUAAAAUUGUUUUUACAUGAUUUUUUUUUGUGAAGAAAAAAAAAACUUUCAUUUUUUUUCUCAAAUUUCUUUAUCUCUAUUUUUAUUUCUAUCUCUCUCUCUCUCUCUUACAUACUUUUGCACCUUAUCUUGACUGAUUUUCAAAUUAGGAUAAGAAAUAUAUUCACAAAAAAAUAAGUUG